GAUGAUGGAGCAAAUUAUUACAAAUGAUGGAGCAGAGGAAGCAACAACAAACACAAUCAUGUUCCCUUCCCUUAAAAUCAUAAUUCUUGAGUCAUGUUCAAACUUAAGAAGUUUUUAUUUGGGGCAUGAUACAGUGGAAUAUCCAUGUUUGACACUACUUGUAGUGAAAGAUUGUCCAAAGAUGGUUACAUUCGCAACUUCAUCUCCAAGAGAGCAGAAUAUAAAGACUAUUGGUAUUGCACCAUUUUUCAGUGAUAAGGUGAUAUUCCCUAACUUAAGAGAGUAUGUAAUCGUUGGCAGUGGAUAUUGGACAACGAUAUGGGAUGACAAACUCACAUUUGGUUCAUUUUAUGAACCAACUUUUCUCCAAGUAAAAUAUUGUGAAAGUCUUCUGAAUAUUUUCCCAUUUCAUAUGAUGAAAAGAUUGAACAAACUUGAAUAUCUUGAAAUAGCGAAGUGUGAAUCUUUGGUAGAAGUAAUUGGACUCGAUCAUGGACUAAAUUCCACUGAAUCAACCACUAUGUUUAUAUUUCCUAAAAUAAGAAACUUGUUACUUCAUUGGCUACCCAAAUUGAAGAAUUUCUACUCUAGGUUGCAUACUACAAGAUGGCCAUCCUUAAAACAAUUGGAGGUGAGAGGAUGCGACAAUGUGGAGAUAUUAGCUAGGCAGCAUCAGAACUUUCCAGAAACAUUUGGAGAGAGUCAAUUGGAAAUUAUACCUUCUCAACAACCCUUGUUUUGGGUCACUAAGGUAUGAACCCCUAAUAUCUAUAUAGAAUGUAAGCACUUAAGGUUU